CCCGGUAGGAUCUGCCUCUCUGCAUUAUUCAUUGGCUGAAUCCUCCCUCUAGCCGCUCAUUCUUCUGAACUGUGAGGCACAGUGAAGGCACGGUGAAGCUCUGUCAGGGAGCCAGAGCAAUAUAUAAGAGUGCCCUUAAACAGAGAAGUGGAGCGGAGCGGCCUGCAUUGUAAAGCAAGCAUCCAACCAAAAGAAGACUCAUCCACAGGAGGAGGAGGAGGGCACCCAAGGAGAAGAAAGGCAAAGUCUGGAGGGAGAGGGUCGAAGGACUUCGAAGAGAAGAGUGAGAAAGAGGAAGAGCAGGAGCUGUAGCAGCUAAAAAGGGGGAAGCAGGAGGGAGAGGAGGCACCUGCACAAUGAGCAGCCCAAACUACGAGAAGGUCGAAGACAAGAUGCCUGACCCUCAGAACCCACCCCCCUACUCUGAAAAAGAGUCCUACAGAGGUCCAGAUCCUUCUGCUGGACCACUACCACCCAUGGGCUAUGGGGCACCUUCGCCUAUGCCAAACCAGUACCAGCCUUAUUAUGGAGCACCUGGGGCAGAUUCCAGCCAAGGUCCAGUCCUUCAGCCUCCGCAGGCCGUCUUCAUCACACCUGUCCAGCCUACCAACGAACCUGAUUACCUGGUCUACUCCAUCUUCACCAUGCUUUGCUGUUGCUUACCUCUGGGGAUCGCUGCCUUGGUUUACUCUAUAAUGACCCGAGAAGCCAACCACAUGGGCAAUCUCACAGCUGCACAGCGAAACUCCCGCCUGGCACGCGUCUUGGCCCACUCGGCGGUCGGGGUGGGGCUCGGCUGCCUGAUUCUGUACAUAGCCUUGAUGGUGAUUUUAACUACCACAACAACUUAAGAGGCAGCCUCUCGGCCACCAUACAGCCCCUGAGGAUGCACUAUGCAACGCUUAUGUCCUACAAGAUUCACAAUGGCCUGUCCACAUUUCAUGACGGGUGUUCUGUGCGAUUCAACCUCUAUGAGAUAUCGCAAGGGAAUGGGGAUGCAGGCAAAUUGAUCUGCUCCAAGGGUGGAGUAGGAAACAUUGGCCCAUUUGAUGACUGGACAAUGUCCCUAUUAUCAGCUAGACUGGCAUAAUUGCACUAGUCUUGCCAAUGGUAAAAUACCAUGAUCCCUCCCUCUAAAACCAUGAGCAGGGUUUAGAUCUCCUCCUUCCUGGUACAUUCCCCCUCUCUGCCCAUUCUACUGUCCAGAUGCACUUUGUAUUCUAAAUUCUGGCAUUCUCCUCUUCCUUUGGUUCUUCUGAUUCGUUCCCUUUUCCCUCUUACCUAAGCAUCCUGACUUCCCUUCAGGAUAUUCCCCAACAUUUCAUAGAUGAAAACAGAGGCAUGUUCAUACCAAGCCCUGCCCUCUGCUCCAUGGUAUAUUAGCCUAUACUUCAUCUGCGGCCUUCCUUUAGACUACAACAGCCUUUCCUGUAUGUUUUCAGUGCCGAGAAGGUGGCUGUGCUUUCAGUGAGAUGGCACACUAGAAAAACAUGAGCCAUGCCCCUAUUGUGUAAAAUAGCAGGCUGCGCACUGCAUGGCAGGGGGGCCUUAAUGUUCAUUCAUGUGUAGGGUUCUCACUAGUAUGCAACAGAUACAACAGCCUUGGCCAAUACACUGCCCUCCAGAUGUGUUGGACUACAACUCUCAUUAUCCCUAGUCAGCAUGCUGGCUGGAAGUGAUGGGAGUUCUCAUCCAGCACAUCUGGAGGGGGCAGCUUGGGGAAGGCAGAGAUGCUUGAGGAAUAUAUACCCCCCACUCCCUGUAUUUAAAGAGUUUUCUUUUAGAGGCUGAAGGGAAGGCAUUGAAGAAUAUUGCUGAUGAACUCAUGCUGAUGAAGUAGUAACUUGGGCUGUGCACAGAACCUGCAACCUAUUUCAGAGGCUGAAUUGGCCCUGACCCACCUCAGCCCAAUUUGUACCCAGUCCAAUUCGCUUCAGACUCCAGAUCCAAAGUAGGAUUCAGACAUCUGAAUCGCAUACACACACAUGCCUGCCUGCCUGCCUGCUUGCCCAGCCACACAAGCUCCUGGUCCUUACCUGGAGUCCUGGACCUGUCAGAGGAGUGCCCCCAGCCGUCGCCGUCUUUGAGGGAGUCACCAUUUUCUUUUAAAAUGGCGACUCCUCUUCUUCCAAAAUUCAAUGUCGCAUAAAUGGAGGUCGUAAGGCCAUUGCAGCAGCCGAGCCUGACCUGCUCUGGAUCCAGCCCAAUUUGGUCUAAUUCGGCCCACUUCAGCUCAGAAUUCGGAGCCAAAGCAGUGCACAACCCUAGUAUUAACAGGGCAUUUUCAAAAGGCAAAACUUGGAUCACUACCAUUUUAUUCAUUCUCAUUUCAUGUAUUACAUUUCUCUGCUGGACCUGACUCUGGUUACUAGGGAGAGCUGAAUCAGCGCUGCCUCCUCAGACACCUGCCUUCCCCUUCCCAAAGCUCUUCUUCCUGCACUGCUCUUCUGGUGGAUCACAGCACUUCAGCUAAUGGCCUGACCCAUCCCUUUGUGAUCAUUGCAGGAGCUCAGCCAAUCACUAUCACUCGUUCCAUCACUGCCACCAAGUUCUUUAAUGCAUUUCAGUACAGAUAACUAUGAAAUAUAGAAAUUCAUAUUUUUGCCUUUGUAUUUCUUGUGUUUGAUUUAAGGUUUCUUUUUAAUUGCUUUUUAGAGAUAAAAUAUGAUUCCUAUUCUGAAUCUAAACUGAUAAUUAAGCAGCUGUGAGGGCUGCAGAAUCAAUGGCUGAUUUAUUCUCAAUGUAAAAUAGGGCUUUAGCUGUCUUCUGUAAAUGCUUAGUGGCAUUGUUGUGAAGCAGGGGUGGACAGACUUUAGACUUGUGGGAUCCACUUUGGGUGUUGUUGUUUUUUACCAGUACUUCAAUAUCUUCCAACUAGGACAAGAAACUAAAUUGUGACUCACAGGUGACUCACAGGUACAGACUUAUCCUGAUAAUUAAAUACAAAAAUUGAGCUCACAGUCCAAUCCUUCAAAAAUCCAUUUCUGUUUUUCCCAUCAGACUUCUCCAUUUCUGUAGCCUAACUCACACUGCAAACCUUCAGGAAGUAAACCCCAUUGAAUGUAGUGGGACUUGCCUCUGAGUAAACAUGCCCAGGAUUGAACUGUUGCGGGAUGGAGGAGGCCUUUUCCUUGUUGCGAUUGUUUAACUUUGCCUACCUAUGGCAAAUCUCCCAGAGAUCUAUCUGGAAGCCCCUAUCGUCUGUCCAGCCCAGCGGUAAAUGAAUUGAAUGUUUCAGUUUCAGCGUCAUUUAGUAAUUUGGAUUGCUGACCUUUGUAAAACGGGGGAACAAAUGCUAAGCUUGCAAUUCAGCAAAAGACAUGCAAUGUACAGAUUAAAUAUAAUAUGGACAGUGCCCAAUGAACAAGUUAAUUGUAGAAUAUCAGAUAAUAACCGUGACUUAUGAUGGUCCCCAUAGCACCUAACCCCAUGUCGUGCAUUUAAUGAAUUGUGUAUAGAUCACUUGACAUGGAGAAUGAAGAUGGUUUCCUAAUGUAAUUUAGGCAAGAGAAGCCAUCAGCUUCAUUAAAGAUAUUUGAGAUCCUCAAAA